AUGAACAUUGAACCAAAGAUGUGUCGCUGGAGUGAGGUUCUCUACGCCUGUGGACAUAUCAGGCGCAUCGAACGUAUAACCAGAUGCCAUCCUCGCGCAACCUGUGCGAUAGAUACGCAAAACCCUCGGCAGGUCGUCAUCACCCAGAUGUUGGACUAUUACUGUGAUGAAUGCUCAUAUCCAUCACCGCCGAGUAGCGAGGACGGCUUUUAUUGA